AUGAAAUCUCUAAUGUAUAAAUCUUGGGUUACAACUAAAAGUUUCAUAGAUGCUAUCAAUAAUCCGCCCAUUAAAAUUGCUACUUUUGGACCACUGACUACGGUUGGCUCUAGACCGGUAGCUUCAUUGACUAAAUAUUGGAAUCUAGUCACGGUAACCAGCGGAGUGAGCUCUGCUGCUCUAAUUAACAGAGAUAUCUAUCCUUAUUUCUUUACGACUGAAACAACCGACGUAACUCUUAAUCCUAUUCGAAUAGCCAUGCUGCGACGAUUUAAUUGGACUCGGAUUGCUACGAUCCACCAUAUCUCAGAGCUACAAGAAAUAAGGAGCGCUACAUUGCUCACACUAGAGCUUCACGUGAAAGGUGUAAACUAUCCUGUAUUUGAGAUGCUAAUACUGAAGUGUGUAGCCGCUAAAAAUUUCAUCAGAGAUGCAGACAAACUAAAUUUCACUUUGAUCACUACAGAAGCUUUUUUUACUUCUCCAGUAGAACAACUCAAAAGCAUUAAGGAGAAAGGUGCUAAGAUUAUUUUGUUAUUUGCCAGUGUAAUUCCUACCAUCAAAUUGUUUUGCGAAGUUUAUCAUCAAAAAAUGUAUGGGUCGCAUUACGUUUGGUUUAUAACCUAUGGAUAUACCAAGAAUUGGUGGAGAGCAUUUCGUACAGAUGCUAAUGUUAACUGCACGUCAGAGCAAUUGGAAUUAGCAAUGUCAUCCUAUUUUACCUUUAAUAAUGUCGAGCUUGGUUCUGAUGAAACGACAGUCUCAGGGAUG